AUUAGACUCCUGGAUCUGUCGUUCCUCGGGUUAAAGCCUCAAAACCGAGAGCUUUGUUCCUUCUCCUCCUCCUCGUGGUGUCUGGGUUUCCGGCAAUGGCGGCAGAGGGCGGAGAGUUGCCGCCGACCGGGUCCAUUCCCAGAGGGAAGGAGGGGAAGGGGCGGCCGCUGUGGAGGAAAGUGAAGUACCAGCUGGUGGAGUACCAUUCUCUGCCCGGCUACCUCAAGGACAAUGAGUACAUACUAGGGUAUUACCGCGCCGAGUGGCCGCUGAAGCAAAUCUUCCUCAGCAUUUUUACCAUCCACAACGAGACGCUCAAUGUCUGGACGCACUUGAUUGGCUUCUUUCUUUUUCUUGCUCUGACCGUAUACACCGCAAUGAAAGUUCCGAAGGUUGUAGAUCUUCAAUCGCUGCAGCAUUUGCCAGAUGUACUGAAGAAAGCUGAUCUGCAAAAGAUUCAAUCAGAACUUGUGGCCUGUCUUCCUUCACUGCCUCACCUAUCUCAUUUACAAAGAUUAAAGAAUGAAGUGAAGACAUCCUUAGCUUCUCUGGACAUGCUUCCAUCUCUAUCUCACCGGCACAUACUGCAACUUCUCUCAAAUUGUCUGCCUCACAGAUAUGCGCAUGCAAAUUACAGUAAUGUUUCAGUUCUGUCAGCUAUGAAGGAUGAUGUGGCUAACAUGAUAGCUCCACUGGUGGUACGACCAAUUUCACGGUGGCCAUUUUUCGCCUUCUUAGGUGGCGCAAUGUUCUGCCUUCUUGCAAGCAGCACAUGUCACCUUCUGUCGUGCCACUCCCGUCGCCUUGCGUACAUCAUGCUCCGCAUUGACUAUGCUGGGAUUGCUGCCCUCAUUUCCACAUCGUUCUAUCCCCCAGUGUACUACUCGUUCAUGUGUAACCCAUUCUUCUGCAAUAUCUACCUCGGCUUUAUCACCACUCUUGGGAUUGCCAUGAUCGCGGUGUCACUUUUUCCGGUGUUUCAGAGCCCCAAGUUUCGAGUUAUAAGGGCAAGUCUGUUUUUCGGAAUGGGGGUAUCCGGGGUGAUCCCUGUGUUGCACAAGUUGAUUGUUUUCUGGCAUCGGCCAGAGGCACUGCACACGACGGGCUAUGAAAUCUUGAUGGGUCUGCUCUAUGGCCUUGGUGCAUUGGUGUAUGCCACGCGAAUUCCAGAACGAUGGAUGCCCGGAAAAUUCGACAUCGCCGGGCACAGUCACCAGCUCUUCCAUGUGUUGGUCGUCGCUGGGGCUUACACGCAUUACCAUGCAGGGCUGGUGUAUUUGAAGUGGAGAGAUCUAGAAGGAUGCUAGAAUUGCCAUACAUGAGAAGAGCUCUGAAAACAUCUGCAGCAGCAUGGAGUUGAGCUCUGAACAGGUUUAAGCUUCUGAAUAACCAUGGCUACUGCUCAUUCACCAACUAGAGGCUUUUGCCAACAGAGCAAAUGUAAUUGUAGCUUUUGCAAGGGAAAUAUGUGUUGAGAAGUGGAUUUUGUUGUAUAAGUUGCUUGUAAUUCUAUAAGCAUGACUCCGGUAAAUUGAUUCAGAUUGUGGUGUUUACUUGA